GGAAGGCCCAGGGUGUGAGCUGCCGCCCGCCGGGCGGGAGCGGUCGCUAUGGUAACCCCGGUUUGCAGGCCAGCGACCCGGGCCCUGACUCAACCACCUCAACAGCUCCUGCCUCUCAUCACCGGGAACGGCGGGGCUUGGUGCCUUGCAGCACAGUAAAUAGGAGAAGGGAGAAACCAGGAAGUGCAGGUGCUGGAAUCCCGAGCAAAACACCAAGUGCUGGACAGUUGUUAUUGAUGCCUGGUGAGAGAUGUCAUAUUCCGACUGUCUUCAGUCCCUCCGGCAUCAAAACAAACAUCUAUUACAAAGGCUGCGAGAAGAGCGACAACAGUUUGGGGUCCCGAGCAGCACGCUUCAGCCCCCAGAGAGCCAUAAUGGAGUCAACUCAGCAGAGAUCGGAAAAGCUGCAGAUUGCCAAGAGAACAGCUACAGGGCCAACAGACUAGAGGAAGAUGGCUGUUUUAGGAAGAAUCCCAGUUUGAAAUACAAAACUUGUUGUGAAUUGCUUGGGCAACAGACGAAGAAUGAUGUCUUCCAACAGCCCACCGAGGUGGUAAUAUCUGAAUCCCUGCAGAAAAGAGAAGAAUCUCGAGCAGCACUUUGCACUCCCUCAAUGCACAGACCCAAGAAGCAAGGUUGGGGCCUUGGCUCGGGGGAUGGAGCUGGCAUGGAGCUGGCAGACAGACUUCCUGUCGAUAAGGCCAAAGCAGUUUCCAGUGUAGAGAAAAACUGUUCCACAUCAGCAGUUAUGUCACCUGGAGAAAGUUUUGUUACAGCAGUAGCACUGGGCCAGAAAUGGAACACGCAAAAGCUGGAUCGAAAAAGUAACCAUGAGACUGAAUAUUUUCAAAGCUCAACUCCUUUUACCAAACCUCCUAACCCAAUGUUAACAGAUCAACCAGAGCUCCCUAUCCCAACGUCAAGUACAAUGGGAGCUGACUGCAAGCGAAGCAGUUCCCAACACUAUUCCCACUCCCUUCAGCCCCUCAGUGAGAACCCAAACCCAAGAUCCAAGCUAGAUUCACCGUUAUAUGUGGACCUGCUGUUGGAUGAGGGCAAUGAUCGACAAGGCAAGCAUUUCAUCAGAAAUACUCAAAAACCAAAAUCCAUCCUCUUGGAACCACAUAACAAGAUAGUGAAGGCAGAUAUAGGUCAUGUGACAUUCCUGUCCCCAGAUGAGGAAUCCAGCUUCAGUACCGAGGUUCAGUCUGUGCAACCCCUCCUGGGCUACGAUUGGAUAGCAGGUCUGAUAGACGUGGACUCACGGCUGUCAGAAAAAUCUGAACAGUAUUUCCUGGAACUGCAGAAUUUCCGACGGGUGAACAAAGAAGAAUGCAUUCACCAAGAGUACAUGGAAGAUGGAGAGCAAAAUGAUAAGCUCACAGAUCAAGAGGAACUCGACUACAAAAGUCAAAGUCAUCAAUGCACACAUUCUUACCGUGUUAACAGUCGCCUGUUUGCAGUUCCAUUGGAACCAGCAGCAGCAUGUGCUGUUUGUAAAACUCCCAAGUCGAAGCGACCGCACACCAUGGAGGAGCCUGCUUAUAUCAGGGUCAGUAUCCCCAGAUCAACUCUGCUCCCUCCGCACACAUACAAGCCUCACCGUAGGAAGAGCUUCAAUCCUACUGAUAGUCUGUCACUACCUUCGCACUGUCUAUUGGGCUGGGAAAAUUCCAUGCCUUCUACAACUCCCGUAGCAAGUACCUUGGAUUUGCACAGUGCAUUGGAAGACAAAAAAACUUCUGUGCCAUUGAGUCCUAAUCACUCCAUUAUGAGUGCUGCUGCAGUGUCUCGAGUGGCUGGAGGCACCAGAACAGAUGAGUUGCUGGACUUCUCACGUUCAACACGGUACCAAUUUCAGAAACUAGAGCAAAGCCUGAAAUUGAGAUAAAAAUCAGCUCUCAUUCACCUUCCUAGCCUUUGGGUGCACACGCACACACACACCCACAUAUCAAGAGCAUUGUAUUCAUAGGUACGGUUUCCCUUCAUAAUACUGGGACGUAUCUUGCCUCUGAAUCUGAGCUUCUCACUUGGUGUGCAAGUUUCUUACCUGGUGUAAAACUACCUCAAGUGCAAUAUUUUCAGUAAGAUGGAAUGUCUGCUGAAGGGAACCCCAGUAAAUUGUUCUUCAUUUCUGAUUUAGCAGUCUUUCUUGGAGAGAAAACUACAGCUGAUAUGCACAAGUAACAGCAUUACUCUCAGCAUUUGAUGAGCAGGUUGUUUUGGACAUCCAUGUGUGUGGACAUUUAUUGUCGUGUGUCUACGUGCUAGGGGUGAGACUAUGCAUAUUCCAAUUAGUUGCCUUGGUUGCUUCUCCUGCAGUGAGUUUUCAUCUGCUGUUGGUAGAUGUUAUUUCUUUCUGGGUUGAUAAUACCUGUCAUCUGUAGAAGAUGUGUAGCAAACUGCAGAGGAGAUUCGUGCAGAGUUUUUACUUUUAUAUUUUUGUGCUUUUAAUAUGGUUUUAUUGUUUGUUUUUAUUCAUUGAAAAAAUGAUCUAAUUAUUACAAAUCAAUAAUGAGUUGGUGUGAAUGGUAUUUCUACAAGUGCAGUGUGGCAAUGUUCUUGAGCUAAAGGGAAUAUAUCAUAAUGAUAAACCAUAAGAUCACUAAUAAUUUAUUAAUUAGUAGAGCCACUCAUUACAUUUCUGACUGUAAAAUUGUUGAAAUGGCUUCACCUGGGUAGAUGUGCAGCUUUUGAUUGCCACUGUGUGUCUUCAGCCUGAUCUUACUGUAUUUAUAUGAUAUUAUAAACACUGAUUAUUGCUUACAAUGUGUGUUCUGGCUGCUGGUGCGGGUCAGUCUCAUUUACCAUUCUUCUAUUGCAAUCAGUUUCUCACUUUGGAAUUCUCUUUGUCUAUUUUUUUUACACCUGUGCUCCCUAACUCAAUAUUACCAUGGUGUGCCUAUUGCCUUAUUUGCAACAUUCAGUGCCUCUUUGUGUGUAUGAAAUACUCAAAGUUUUGUCACCAUGGCUCUCAAUUUAAUCACGGUGAAGUUCCAAAAAUAAUUAGAUAAAGAAGAGAGAAUGUUUUGGUUAACGAUGAAUAUCGGCCAGGUCAUUAGAGAGAACUCCUUCCUAUACUAUAAGAUAUAUUUUAUGUCCAUCACAGGGAGGCAGAGGGUUGGUUUAACAUUGUAAGGAAAAUUGCAAAGCUUGAGUGCCUUCUCAGUUCUGCAAUUGAAUUAUCGGAAUAGUCAUGUGCUCAAGUUUUUGAACUAAAUUGAACUAAACCUUUGUAAAUUCAGUGAAUUGUGAUUUCAACAAAUAGCAGGCUUUGUGGUGGCGACAAGAUCCUUGAAAUCACAAUUCACUGAAUUUACAAAGGUCACGGGACACUAAGCCUGUUUUUUCUACAGACACUAAAAAGAGACACAGUUUACAUUGGGAGUCCCCUUCUGAAUGAGCAAAAAACGGAGUAACUUUGUAAAGCUGCUUACACAUUAUAAAGCUAAGGGAUAAGCAUCGCAAAUACCAAGGAUAGCAAUAGUUUAAUCAAAUGGUGUUCAUUUUUUCUUAUAAAUUGUGAACAUCAUGGCGUGAUUGGUAAGGUUUCCUGGGAAUCUGAGAACAGUCCACGUACUAUCAUGCAUGGGUGUAUUAGCAGGCUAAAUGUGUCCGAAUGUGCAGGUAUAAUGAAUGUAAUAGUGUGAGAACUGGGCCAAAAAUGGGGUUUGUGGGUACCAUGAGCCACACUUGAGCUUCUUUUGUAAGGGUUUUAUGAACGUUGAUUUCCCCCCCUUUCAUAUCUUGUAUGGACGUCACCCACAAUCACUUCACCUCUGACGUGUAUAUGUACGGUAACGUGUGUGGUAAUAUUUUCUGCAAAUAAAUUUAAUAUUUAAAUUCAAUUGAAUUGCACAAUUCUGAUCUGUUCUACCUGUAUACAGAAGUAUUGGCACAUAGAACGAUGUGGAUUAAAAAUGUUCAAGUGAAUAUAGAUUAUUAGUACCUUUGGGUCAGAUGCAUUCUGUAUUAUGUUGUUGGAACAUUUAAACUGUACACCACACAUAUAAUAAACCUCUGACCAGUCAGUGCAUAAACAUGCAUCAGCAGGUCUGAUGCUGAAUUAACCAUUUUAAGCAAACUGCUGUAUUAUUCUCCAGUGUGAAUGUGUUAAUGCUCUUCCGAUUUAGCUGUCGAUCUUGAAUUGAACAAAUUUGAUUAGCCAAGCAUGUAUACAUACAAGGAAUUAACAACUCGCAAGUAGCAACACGAUACACAGUAAACAAUUAAAAAUGAACCAUUAUC